AUGAUAAAUUAUAAAUUGAAAUAUGUUGAUUUUCAUUGUGUGGAGCCUAGUGAGCGUUCUGGUGGUUUAGCUUUGUUUUGGAGGCUAGGUGUUGAUUUAGAAGUGGUUUAUUCAGACUUGAACCUAAUUGCUGCUCUUGUUUAUUCUGAUCCUCCUAAUUCCCCUUGGUUAUUAUUUGUUGUUUAUGGGCCUUGCAAGAGUAGUAAGAAAAUGAAUUUUUGGAGGAUGAUAGAGAACAUGGUGCUCUCCUUUUCUGGACCUUGGGUAAUCAUUGGGGACCUAAAUUGUAUAAAAAGAAUGGAUGAGAAAAGAGGGGGUCGAUCAACUUCUGGUAGCUCUGAUAAUUGCCUCAAAGACUUCAUGUCAAACACUAGUGCUAUUGAUCUUGGCUUUACUGGGCCUUCCUUUACUUGGUCUAACAGACGUGAGGGUUUGACAAAUAUUAAGGAGAGACUGGAUCAGUGUCUUUGUAAUCAAGAAUGGCAAUUACUUUUCCUUAAAGCCGGAGUCAAGCACUUGUGUAAUUUGAAUUCUGAUCAUAACCCAAUAUUGUUGGAUACUCAUUUUGAGUCUGAAACUUUGAAUCACCCCUUCAGAUUUGAAGCAAUGUGGACGAAGGAAGAUAGCAGUAGAGUUGUGGUUGAUAAUGCUUGGCAAUUUGAUGUAGAGGGAUCUCACAGUUUCCGUCUUGCAAAUAAGCUGGAAAAGACGAAGAAGGACUUAAAGAAAUGGAAUAAGGGGGUUUUUGGCAUUGUCAGGGAGAGAAUUAAGUUGCUUCAAGCUAACAUUGCUAGAAUUCAACAAAAACCCCCCACAAAAGAAAAUUUAGAAUUGGAAGCUGCACUUAGUCUUGAAUUAGAUGAUUGGUUGUUGAGGGAUGAACUAAGAUUGAAGCAGAAGUCUAGAGAAUUAUGGUUGAAAGAGGGUGAUCGAAACUCGAGAUUCUUUCACCUUUCCACUCUUAUUCGGAGGAGAAGGAAUCGCAUAGAGAAAAUCAAAUUGGAGGACGGAUCUUGGAUAACUAACAGGUCUAACAUCCAAAGUUAUUUUGAGGAAAAUUUUAAGACUCUGUAUCGAACCAGUGAACCCCAAGUUCCUAGAGACCUGGAGAAUUUAAUUGGCCCUUGCAUAUCUAAGGAAGAAAAUCAAGAGCUUUGCAGAAUUCCUUCUAGGGAAGAAAUUCAAAAGGUGAUUUUUGGAAUGAAGUCUCUAAAGGCUCCUAGCCCUGAUGGUUUCCCAGCUUUGUUUUAUAAACACUACUGGGAUAUUGUUGGUGAUCAAGUGGUGCUUGCAACUCAAACUUUUGUUCCUAACAGAAGUAUUACUGAAAAUGUGGUGCUUGCUCAAGAGAUUGUUCACAGCUUCAAGCAGACUAGGAAGAGGAAAGACUAUUUAGGAGUGAAGCUAGACUUUCAAAAGGCCUAUGAUAGGAUGGAGUGGAGCUUUCUUAUGAAGGUUCUCAAGCCUUUGGGCUUUAAUGAUAAGUUUUCCAACCUCAUCUAUCAAUGUAUCUCCACAGUCCAAUAUUCUCUUUUACUGAAUGGUGGAGUCCGUCAAAGUUUUAAUCCUGGCCAUGGCUUAAGGCAAGGCGAUCCACUAUCGCCAUAUCUUUUCAUUCUUGGAAGCGAGAUUCUUAUGAGACUUAUUAACAGAGAAGUUGAUCGGAAAAAUAUCUCAGCAAUUAAAGUGGCCAGCACAGCUCCCCCUAUUUCAAGACUUUGUUAUGCUGAUGAUGUGAUUAUUUUCUGCAAGGCAAAGCAUUCUGAACUAGUUAGUCUAAAGAAAUGUUUGGAAAAGUAUUGUUCUUGGUCUGGCCAGUGUAUUAGCAUAGAAAAAUCUGGUGUUUUUCCGUCAAAAGGAGUUAGUAUUAAUUUUUUGCGCCAAGUAAAAGGCUGCUGGGGUCUUAAUUCUCUUCCUCAAAGUACCACUUAUCUUGGAGUUCCCCUGUUUUUAUCCAAGAAUAGGUCCAAUGACCUCAAGUUGGUGAAAGAAAGACUAGAGAGCAAGUUGAGUAGCUGGAAGGGUAGGAAUUUGUCAUGGGCUGGGAGAGCAACUUUAAUUAAAUCUGUGGCACAAUCUAUUCUGACAUACACUAUGGCUGCCUUGCAAUUCCCCAGGAAGUUAUGCGAUCAACUAGAUUUAGUGGUUCGUAGAUUCUGGUGGAACCCCAAAACGGAGUCAGCCUGGUGGAUAUUGUCGGACAAGAACUGUUUGUGUGUUAAUGUUUUAAAGGCAAAAUAUAAGGUUAGACACAAUUGGUUAAACCACUGCUUCCUGGGUAAUGCUUCACCGGUCUGGAAAAGUUUGGCUGGUGUUAAGCAGCUCAUAGCUAAAGCAGCUUGCAUGUUCGUGGGGGAUGGUAAUUCCAUAAGGAUUUGGGAGUAUCCUUGGGUACCAGAGCUUCACGGGUUCAUUCCUACUCCAAAGAAUGGUGUUGACCCAAAUGGUAUUCUCUUAGUUUCUCAACUUUUUAAUUCUGAUUUUUCUGGUUGGGAUGUUCAUAAACUAAAUUGGUGGUUUGAAAACUCCACAGUUGAUCUUAUUUUGAAAAUUCCUAUUUUUCUGACCAGUUACAAAGAUCAGUGGGCAUGGACUUGCACAAGCUCAGGGGAAUUGUCAGUGAAGUCAGCUUAUUGGAGUUGCCGAGAAACAGUGCAUCACAAUAUUGAACCUGUUUGGAACUGUAUUUGGAAAGCUAAACUCCAUGAGAGACACAAAAUGAUGAUUUGGAGGAUUGCUGCAGGUUGCUUGCCCACCAAAGAUAAGCUAAGCAGGUUUGUUGAUGCUGCUGAUGCUUAUUGUCCCCUCUGUAAGAUGGAAACUGAAACCUCCCUUCAUCUUUUUGCUCUUUGUCCAGUUGCUAAGGCAGUUUGGUUUAGUAGUAAAUGGGGACUGAGAAUGAAUUCUUUUGGUUUCUCUUCAGAAGUGGAUUUUAUUCAUUUUUUGUGUUCAUCCACAUUUCCAAACCAGCUCUGUCAAAAGGAUGAGCUUUUAUUAUUUGGGGCCAUUCUUUGUGAUGGAAUUUGGAAGUUGAGAAACCAAGUCAUUUUUGAAGACCUUCCCUUGAGUUGUGAUGAUCUAAUAGCUAGAGUUGGGAAGUUAUUUAUGGAAUUCAAAAACUCUAGAUUGACUGCUUCUGAUUUUGUAAAUAUCUCUCAUCCUUUGCAAUCUUGGGCCCCUCCAAGGCGUCUAUCUGUUAAAAUUAAUGUUGAUGCAGCUAUUGGUCCAUUUCAUUCUUCCUUAGCUUUGGUGGCUAGAGACUGGAGAGGGGACUUGGUUUUUGCUUGUUCUCAAAAAGCGAAAACCACCUUCCCUCUCCAGGCAGAGGUUGAAGCUAUGAGAUAG